AUGAAGGGGGAGGAAGAUCCAACUGUCUUGCAGCGGAUCGAGCGACUAUGGCAGAAGGCAACCAAGACCUUUGAGCUUGCAAAAGUGGCCAAGGAGCAGGAACAUGCUGCUGCCUUGGAGGAGCAACGGAGGUGCUUGUUGGAGCAGGCCUCCCAGGUGGAGUUGGAGAACCAGCAUCAGCUGUCAAAGCGUGAUGUGGAGAUCAAGAGCCUUCGGGAAGAGUUGGAGGCCUUACGCAAAGAGGAUGUGCAGAAGGAGGACGGCAAGGCUGUCCUCGUGCAGGAGGUGCAGGUCCUUCAGGAAGCCCUUAGCAACUCCAGAAAGGAGUCAGAGUUGAUGGCUACUCAAUUGGAGCAGCUCCAGGCGGCCCACAACCGGCUGGAUUAUCAAUGGAACGCUGAGAGAGAGGAGCUGCUGCGAACCCGUGAUGCAGCCCAAAGUCGGCUAACAAGCUUGCAGAGAUCUUUGGAUGAAGCCAUGACGAGAAGUGACGACUUGGAAAUGACAUGUAUUCAACGUGGAGAGAAGCUUGAGCAGAUGAGGACCAUGAUGGACGAACAAGAGUUGGAAAUGAGUCAAAAGAUCGAACGCGUGCAGCAGUACGUAAAGGAAAGACAAGCAUCAGCUCUGGCGGCUGAGAAGAAGCAACAGGAUGCGGAGAAGAUGGCUGAGCGGUGGCAAAAUGAAGUGAGACGAUGCCAGGCAGAGAAAGAACGACUUUCUAGCCUGGUGAUGGAGCUGGAAGGCCGUCACACCGGACAAACCGAACAGUGGCAGAGUGUGGUCGAGCGACACCGACGGGAGGUCAAUGCCUUGGAGGAUGCGCUUAGAAAGCAAGAGUUCGAGAUGAAGGAAGCGAACACUGAACUGCUUUCGAAGCGGGACGAGGAGCACCAUGCAAAGGUUGUUCUUGAGAAGCAGCGGGAGAAGGAGCGGUCCAUUGCCCUUUUGAAGAAGAAGGAACAGGAGGUGCACAUCAAGGACCAGCAGCUGCGAGCAGCCAAGCAACGUGUCCAGGAGCUUGAAAGCGGGCUUCAAGCGACACCCACAGGAGGAGGCCCUUCUGGCCUUGAGCCAAGAGAAGCUCGUGGUGAAACAAGCCUUCCACCUCUACUAUCUGCUCGGUGA